UGGACUGUGUGCUGGGAAUCUAGAGGUUCUCUGAAGUUCCUUUCUGUGUUUAUAUCAUUUAGCAGGGAAGGAUUGUUAAUGACUAAUCUGUGUCCAUGAGGCACAGAGCCAAGGGAGAGAUGCUGCUGUCAGGCCGGAAGGCUGCCUGUGAUCACCCAGGGCUUUUACUUAAACUCUCUCCUCCUCCGCACCCUACUGUCUCCUUAACUCACUCCAUAUACAAAAUUGAGUUCUGAGAAUUUGCAGUAAAAUUGCUGGGAUUUUGAGAGGAGGACUGGAUUCCAAGUCUUCCCAGGGCCGUGGACAUCUCUGACCCAAAUCAAUCCAAAAAUUUCUUCAGAAUGAAACUUCACACAUUUGGGGUUCUUAUUUGAAGAUCACCAUCGCAGAAGUACAUUCUCAAACUGAAAAAUUUGAGUGGAAUUAAAAUGAAUCUCAUUGAACACUCCCACUUACAGGCCAUGGAUGAAUUUGCUCUUUCUGAAAAUUUAUUUGGUGUCCUCACAGAACAAUCAGCAGGCCCUCUGGGACAGAAUCUGGAUGUGGAACCAUACUCACAGUACAGCAAUGUUCAGUUUCCUCAAGUUCAACCUCAGGUCUCCCCCUCGUCAUCCUAUUAUUCCAACCUGGGUUUCUACCCCCAGCAACCUGAAGAGUGGUGCUCUCCUGGAAUCUAUGAACUCAGGCGAAUGCCAGCUGAGACUGUCUACCAGGGAGAGACUGAGGUAGCAGAGAUGCCUGUGAUGAAGAAGCCCCGCAUGGGCACAUCAGCAGCAGGAAGAAUAAAAGGGGAUGAGCUAUGUGUUGUUUGUGGAGACAGAGCAUCUGGGUACCAUUACAAUGCACUGACCUGCGAGGGCUGUAAAGGUUUCUUCAGGAGAAGCAUUACCAAAAAUGCCGUGUACAAGUGUAAAAAUGGGGGCAACUGUGUGAUGGAUAUGUACAUGCGACGAAAGUGUCAAGAGUGCCGACUGAGGAAGUGCAAAGAGAUGGGAAUGUUGGCUGAAUGUAUGUAUACAGGCUUGCUGACUGAAAUUCAAUGCAAAUCCAAACGACUGAGAAAAAAUGUGAAACAGCCUGCAGAUCACACCACAAAUGAAGAAAGUGAAGGACGUGACUUGCGACAAGUGACCUCCACUACCAAGCCAUGCAGGGAGAAAACUGAACUCACCCCAGAGCAGCAGCAUCUGCUACAUUAUAUCAUGGAUUCGUAUAAAAAACAGAGGAUGCCUCCAGAAAUAACAAAUAAAAUGUUAAAAGAAGAAUUCAAUGCAGAAGAAAAUUUUCUCAUUUUAACAGAAAUGGCUACCAGUCAUGUACAGAUUCUUGUGGAAUUCACAAAAAAACUGCCAGGAUUUCAGACUUUGGACCAUGAAGAUCAGAUUGCUUUGCUGAAAGGGUCUGCAGUUGAAGCCAUGUUCCUUCGUUCAGCUGAGCUUUUCAAUAGGAAACUUCCAGCUGGACAUACAGACCUAUUGGAAGAAAGAAUUCGAAAGAGUGGUAUCUCUGAUGACUAUAUAACACCAAUGUUCAGUUUUUAUAAAAGUGUUGGAGAACUGAAAAUGACUCAAGAAGAAUACGCUCUGCUCACAGCAAUUGUUAUCCUCUGUCCAGACAGACAAUACAUAAAGGACAGAGAGGCAGUGGAGAAGCUUCAGGAACCUCUGCUUGACGUGCUGCAAAAAUUGUGCAAGAUUUCUCAGCCUGAAAACCCUCAGCAUUUUGCCUGUCUCCUGGGUCGCUUGACUGAACUUCGGACAUUCAAUCAUCACCACGCUGAGAUGCUGAUGUCUUGGAGAGUGAAUGACCACAAGUUCACCCCACUCCUCUGCGAGGUCUGGGAUGUUCAGUGAUGAGCACAAGGGAGGGGCUCGCUCCUGUUCUUGUAACAGAAAUCUCAUGUUUGACUUUUCUUGAUUUCAUUUGUACCUGGCUUCACUUAAGAAUCUCAGUGAAUAUUUAUGCAGCAAUUGUAUAACUUCCAUAGUUGUAAAUACAGACUAGAUAGAAUUGCUUUCUCUAUAUUAUGUUUCACAAGGCUUCAGGGAACCCUAUGUUUUAACUGGCAUGCCCUGUUUGCCUAAUUAAAUCAAUUAUUACUUUAUUUCUCUGUCUGUUGAACUAGGGCAAAUCUUGUUUUGCUGUUCAUCUGGCAAUAUUACAUUUAUUAAAGAGCUAUGUUCAACUAUGGCAAUAAACUGAACAUAAUAGUAA